GUUGUUGAAUUAUUACCAGCGUAGCACUACUCGCAUUCCUCGCAUGACAUCCACCUUUCUUGGAGAUAGAUGGGUUAGUGAAAUGCUUUCGGGACAUCCAAUAAGGUUCAAAAAUAUAUUCAGAAUGACGACACCUAUUUUUAUAGAUCUUCUGCACGAGUUAUGUCUAAAUCACGGCCUCUAGGGUUCUUCUAGAACUCUAUCUCCGGAGGUGUUGGCUAUAACAAUGUACAUUCUAGCACAGAAUGAGUCAAUUCGAGGAGCUAUGGAAAGAUUUCAGCAUUCAUCUGAAACAAUUAGUCGUUACUUUUCAAAAGGUAUACAUGCACUUGUUAGCUUAACAGCUCAAAUAAUUAAACUAGAGGAUCCAUCAUUUGCUACCACUCUAGAACAAAUUGCCAACAGUACUCGAUACAUGUCAUAUUUCAAGAACUGUAUUGGUGCAAUUGACGGUACACACGUUGAUGCCCGAAUACCCAACCACGAGAAGGUAGCAUACAUCGGUUUAGUGGUUCAACAACGCAAAAUGUCAUGGUUGUAUGCGACUUCAACAUGUGUUUUACUUUUGUGGUUGCGGGCUGGGAAGAGAGUGCACAUGACAGCCGAAUUUUCUCUUUUGCUACGAGGAAUAGAUCGCAGUGUUUCCCUCACCCCCCAUCAGGAUAUCCUAUGCAAAGGGGAUACCUGAAGCCCUACUCUGACACGAGAUGUCAUCUUUCUGAUUUCGACCGAGCUAGUGGCACAGUUCGUGGCAGAAAAGAAAUGUUUAAUAAACGUCAGUCAUCUUUACGCGGGAUAAUUGAAAGAACAUUUGGAGUUUGGAAGAAGAAAUGAGACGUGAUAUGCCGUCGUAUCCUUUCCAAAAGCAGGUGUACAUUGUGGUUGCAACAAUGACACUACAUAACUUUAUCCGAAGACAUUCCUUGCAAUCAGAUACAGACUUCAGUAUGACUGACAAUGAUGAACUCAAUGUUUUCGAGCAACCAACAUGACUUGUGG